AUGGAUUUUGUUCUUGUCCGGGUCCAUCCAAACAAAGUAAUGAUCGACAAAGCAAUGGAUGCGUGGAAGCUAGUCCUGUGGAAUGCAAUGGACAACAACAACAACAACAACCCAGUGAGAUCCCACAUGUGGGAUCUGGGGAGGGUAGUGUGUACGCAGACCUUACAACAUUCCCACAAAAUGAUGCGUGUUUCGGAUGUCUAUUACUUUAUCUAUGUUGACACUGAAGCAGCAGCUCUGAGAGGAGCAGAUGUGGAAAGCUGCCAAGAAUUGUGCAUGAGGAACUGCUUUUGCAAAGUAGUUCUCUUCCGUUAUUUUGCUAACUUUUCGAGGGGUGACUGCUUUUUACCCUCCCCUGUGCUGACACUUAUCAACGAUGGAAAGGAAAGAAGUGGCUAUGAGUCAUCUGCAUUCAUCAAUAUUCCAAAUGACACAGAAAAAGAUACAGACUCUUUAGCUGCAAGAAGAAUUGGAAUUAUAGCUGGAUCAAUUAGUGGAGCAUUUCUUCUAAUAGCAAUAUGUGAACAGCUGAAGGUGGCAACCGAGAAUUUCCAGCAAAAGCUUGGUCAGGGAGGCUUUGGCUCAGUUUAUGAAGGAGUUCUUCAAGACGGUCAGAAAGUAGCCGUUAAAGUUCUUGAUGGUUUUGGCCAAGGGAAAAGGGAAUUCUUGGCUGAGGUCCAAACCAUAGGAAGCAUACAUCAUGUUAAUCUUGUUAGACUAAUUGGAGUUUGUGCUGAGAAAGAGCAGAAGCUAUUAGUUUAUGAUUUCAUGAGUAACGGAUCAUUGGAUAAAUGGAUAUUUGGCACAGGCUCUACGCGGUUUACCUUUAAUUGGCAAAUAAGAAGGAGCAUUAUCCAUGAUAUAGCUAAAGGAUUGACUUAUCUACACGAAGAAUGCAGGCAAAGAAUAGUCCACUUAGAUGUUAAGCGGCAGAACAUUCUGUUGGAUGACAAUUUUUGUGCAAAGGUAUCUGAUUUUGGCCUGGCCAAGUUGGUGGAUAAAGAUCAGAGCCAGAUAGUGACCAGAAUUAAGGGAACUCCCGGAUACUUGGCUCCUGAAUGGUUUAGCGCGUUCAUUACAGAAAAAGCAGAUGUCUACAGCUUUGGAGUUGUUGUGAUGGAGAUCCUCUGUGGGCGUAAGAAUGUGGACUAUUCACAGUCACUGGAAUAUCCACAUUUGCUUACCUUGUUUAUGAAAAAGGCCGAAAACAAUCAGCUCAUCGAUAUGAUUGGAAACUACAACGAUGAUCUGCAAUGCAAUACAUCAGAAGUCGUCCAUAUGAUGAAGCUUGCUGUGUGGUGCUUACAAAGUGAUUUUACUAUGAGGCCUUCCAUGUCCAUGGUGGUUAAGGUAAUAGAGGGGACAAUGGACAUUGAUACUCACUUGGACUACAGUGUUCCAAGUUCACAAACAAUUGCAGCAAUCAAAAGAAUUGAAGACACAACGACUACCUUGUUUCCUUCAAUUCUUUCAGGACCUAGGUGAUGAUUUCUAAGCAUGAUAAAGAAGUCAUACUUCAAAAAGAAGUCCUUCCUUCUUUAUCCAAUUUCUUGUCUAAUCCCUAUGAUCAUCAGUUUUGUGUAUAUAUUUGUUGUUUUAUUUUUCUGUGAAUUAAUGAAUCUGCAAUUGAGUACCAUUCUGUA